ACCAAUCAUUCACAUCCACAUACAAUUCAGAACCACUUUUAAUUUCCUCUUUUAGUUUAUAUUUUUUUUAUUAAAUAUUCCAUUGGUGGAGAUGGGCAAUACUUUAAGGUGCUGUUUGGCAUGCGUUCUUCCAUUUGGAGCUCUAGAUUUGAUCCGUAUAGUGCAUUUGAACGGCCAAAUCGAAGAAAUUACGCACCCCGUCACCGCCGGCGAAGUGCUCGGCAACUACCCCAAUCACGUCCUCACCAAGCCCGCCGCCGCCGCCGAUCAGGGCGUGGUUCGCCGGAUUCUCAUCCUCUCUCCGUCGUCGGAUCUCAAGCGGGGCACCAUCUACUUCUUGAUCCCGGCGUCCUCCCUCCCCCAACAACACCAGAAAAAGAAACACGCCGCCGCCGGACUGAAAUCUAGAAACAAAAAGGAACUGUCGUCCCGCCACAAUGAUGAUGGUGGAAGUAAUAGUGGUAGUGAGUCGUGGCCGGAGAAGAAGAAGCCGUCGCCGUCACAACGACAUCGCCGGAGCGGUAGGGUCGUCGGAGAAUGGAGACCCCAUCUUGCGAGCAUUUCGGAAAAUUAGUUAGCUAAUUAGACAAUUAGUUAACAUUUUUAUCCGGAUUAUGAAGUUAGAUAGGAAUGGGUGACAAAUGUACGAUUUGUUACUCCAUUAUAGCUAUGCUUUUUUCCCAUUUAAGUUUUAAUCUAUACAUUAUUUAAAAAGACGUGAAUUUUUUACCGCCCAUGCAUGACACUCAUAUAUGAAAAGUGUUGACAACAUAAAUGGUAGUUUAAUUA